AUGCGUUUCAUUGCUGCUUUCGCCAGCCUGGCUGGUCUUGCUUCUGCCACCGUCCUCGGCGUCAAUGCCAAUGCCAAUGUCAAUGCAGAUGUAGUGGUUGGCUCCCACAGCGACCUUAAUGCCCAAGUCAGCGUCAACAUUGACGACGCCAGGGCACGCCACGAGGGCUACACAUGCCCUCACGAAAUGACCUACAGCCCCUGGACCAGGUGCUGCGGUUGCGAUCCUGGUCAGUGGCUCGACCUUGGCAACAACACUUGUGUCGGUGAGAAGAUGCAUGGUGCCUGGCCCAUGCCGAAUGUCGCGGUCUACGGCUCAGUCAACAUCCAACUUGGCGCUUUCUGCGCUGCCGCUCCCAACAAGAUCGUCGCUUAUGACGAAAAGCAUGAGUGGUGCCAGGCUAGCCCUCUCACUAUCGUCUUCCUUGCUGACAUCACUAUCGCGCUCGAGCUUAUUGCCGGGGUGGACAUUGACAUCAAUGCCAACAUCAGUGUUGCACUCAAGGAAGUGUGUGCUGCUCUGUCCGGUCUUUACCUCGAAAGCGUCGUUGAUGCCGUUAUUGCUUUCAAUACUGACUUUCUUGGUCUCGCCGUUAUCCAGGCCGACAUUGAGGCUAGCCUGGGCCUGAGUCUUUUCAGCAUCAUCAAGAACCUCGGUUGCAAGCUCGGCAUUGGCAAGUGCAACUUCGACUGCGUCGCCUACUGCACCAAGGGCUGCCCCAACUAUAUUGACGUUGUAGGCGAGUUGGGCGGUCGCAUCACUGGCCUCGUUGGCCUUUGCAUUCUCCCGAAGGUUAUCCUCGUCGUCAACAGCUUGAAGGUGGUCGUCAACGUUGUCGUUGACAGUCUUCUGUGUCUUGUUGGCGGUAUUAUCAAGACUGUUCUGUCUACCUUCGACUGCCACUGCAAAUGA